AAUAUGACGGUCAUUAAAACUAUUAAAUAUAUUCCUAUCAUUAUAGGAAAGUUUUAGACAAGGAAAGAGUACAAUAUUUUAAAAAAUUAAAAAUAUGGCAUCUAGAAUGUUUAAUCAGAUUUUUACUAAGCUAAGAAGUAAAGAAUUUAGGUCUUAUUUAAUGAGCACGCAUUUCUGGGGGCCAGUUGCAAAUUGGGGGAUACCUUUGGCCGCAAUAGCAGAUAUGAAGAAAGAUCCAGAAUAUAUUAGUGGUAAAAUGACAACAGCACUUUGUAUAUAUUCUGCAUUGUUUAUGAGAUUUGCGUGGAAAGUUCAGCCUCGAAAUCUUCUCUUGCUUGCCUGUCAUAUAACAAACGAGACGGCACAGAUUAUACAACUAGGAAGACUAACGAGACACGAGUUUAACAAGUCAAAAGAGCCUUUGUAAAAAGUUACGUAUGCGUUACAAUGUGUGGUACAAUUUACCACAUAUGAAUAUAUAAGACACUGUGUUAGUGUACAAAAUACAUGUUUAACUGUAAAGUAAAAUAUGAAAUGUAAUAUUUAUAAUUCAUUACUUCACAAUUAAAGAGAUCAAGCUUUUGCUGUCUAAUGAAUUUUUUUCUCCUGGCGUAGAUGACGUAUUAAUAA